AAAUUUUUAAAAAAAUAUUAAAAUUGCUUAAUUAAAGCACUUAUAAAUAGAUUCCAUUAAUGUGGAAUCGAUAUAAACGCACAUAAGUAGUCAAAAUAUCGAAUAAUGAUGAAGAUAACAUAGAAAAAUUGUUUUAAAGGCAUAAAAUUGUGAAUUAAAAUAAGAGUAAAAGUGAGAGAUAGAAAAAAAUUAAAGUUGUGAGAAUUUUAAGUGCAUUUUGUGAUAAAUAAACGAGUUACGACGUGGAGAGAUAGUUGAUUUAAAUGUGAUCAACAUUUAAUUCAUGAUGUAAAAGGAAAAAACGUCAAUUUGACACCGAAAGAAAACAUUGAAAAUAAUAAGAAGCAGAACAAAAGAAAAGUCAAAUCAAAUAAAUAUCAAUAGUUGAUUGAGAGAAGACAGAUAUCAUAUUAGCAAUUCAUCAUGCCAUUACCGAAGCGUGUUAUAGAACCAAUUUUUGUCGCACGUUCAGUGUAUGAACGUAAUGAACUUCCAGGAGAUUUGGAGACAGUUACCAAUACGACACUUACGAAUAUAAUGAGACAAUUGUCGUCACUGGCACGACAUUCUGAGGAUUUAUUUGGAGAGCUAGCAAGAGAAACAAAUAAUAUGGCAGAUCGUGCGAAUUCAUUGCAAGGUAGAAUAGAUAGGUUAUCGAUAAAAGUGACACAACUUGAUAGUGAAGUAAAGGAUGUAUCUCUAAAGGAUAUUCAUAAAAAGAAAGCUUUUAAGAGUGCAGUUCAAUUUGAUCAAGAUAUUUUCUCUCGUGCCACAAUGCCAACGGCAAUGCUUGAGACAUAUCAAACGUGCGAUAAACCACCACCUUUAGAUAAACUAAAUUGCUAUCGUGACGAUGGUAAAGAUGGCUUAAAAUUCUACACAGAUCCAAAUUAUUUCUUUGAUUUAUGGCGACAAGAUAUAUUGCAAGAAACUGAGAGAAUGAAGAAUGAUCGCUAUAAACAAAAGCAUAAGCAAAAACCGGAAACGAGUAGUGGUGGAAAGCGGCAAAAUAAGCGACCAAGACAACCAACGAAUACGCGUGAAAAGCAAAGACAAAUAGCAAUUGGACAUGGGGAAACAUUGAUGCCAAAUAAUGUAAUAUAUCGAACACCAAAUUCAAUUGUAAAUCAACAAGAAGUUCCAAUUUAUAGUACUACUGACUAUUUCGAUGGACGACCUAAUCGUCCAAAUUCAAUUGAGUUAAGACGUAGCUAUCCGGAAGGUGGAUCAGAUGGAUACGCACCGCCAUCCCCACAUUAUCAACAGCAACAGCAAAUGAAUUAUCAACAGCAAAUGAACGAUGACUCAGCUUAUAAUUCUUCCAUGUAUGGUCAACCUCAACAAAUUGAAAGUCCUUAUGCACCAGGAACUCCAUCAAGAGGCGGUAAAAUCAGGCCAACACAGCCACCACCCGCACCUCCUUCAUCAAACUCAAAUUCAGGCACUCCAAAUGCAUCAAAUGCUAAUACACCAACUCGAGGACGAAGUAUGAGUCAAGGACGUGAUGUUUUACCUCCUCCACCGCCAAUUCCAAGCAACAUUUCGUCACCGCUUCAAGUUGCCACUAAUGGGGGCAUAAUGAGGCAACAAGGACGAACUUCGAUUAAUCAGCGAGGAGACUCUCCACAGCGUAAUGAUUUGAAUAAUCAUGUUAUGGCACAGUUAAAUAGUCAAAUUAACAAUAUUGAUAUUAAUGAUCUUCCGCCACCGCCACCAGUUCCUCAAUAUCAAAUGUCACCACCACAUAGCGCAACGAAUAUUCCAUCCAAUGCUCCUCCCGCGCCACCGAUGGCACCUCCACCUCCAGCAAUGCUGAAUGGAAAUUUAUCAAAUGGAAUCGCAAAUAAUAAGCCAAGUAAUAUUAUCACGCCACCUAAUCAUGCUGGCCUAUUAAAAGAAAUAGAAACAGGCGUUUCGUUGCGUAAAGUUGAGCCACAACAAAACCGUUCUACAUACAAUCAAGGAGAUUUGAUGCGAGAAAUUCGUGAAGGCAUUAAAUUACGUAAAGUUGAGCAAAUGCGUGACGACAUUCGUCAUCAAAAGCAAUCCAAUUUACAUGAUGUUGCUUCAAUCCUUGCUCGUCGCGUUGCAAUUGAGCUGUCUGAUUCGGAUAGUGAUAGCGACGAUAGUGACGAAGAAUGGAUGGAACCAAAUGAAACAUCUGCUUGACCAAGCGAGAAAUCUGAAAAGUCAAAAGGUGAACACAAAAAGAAAUAGUUUUCACUGUUUCGUGGUAAGAGUACGAGUGAUGGAAAUUGACCUAAAUUAAAUAUCCUAAGUAUUAAGAAUAUACUCCAUUGCUCACAAUCAAGCAUUUUUCUGUACUUUGCAUCGAAAUGAUAAAUUAUCUAUUAGGAUGUACAUGCAAUGCAUUCAUUAAAAAGACACACACAUACACACAUUUAUAGGAAAAAAUAAUAAUAAUAUUUUAUAUUGUGAAGAAUCUUC